AUGGACAAGGGCUGGGAGGAGGUGCCGCACCGCGACGACGUCGGCGUCGUGCUCUGGGACGAGGCCGCGGACCUGCCGCGCGUCCGGGCGGUCCGGCGGACGCGGGUCAACAACGCGUGGGUCGACGCGGGCGUCGAGCUGACGAUCGCGCCCGGCGAAGCGUUGAAGGCGGGCCGCGGCGCCGUCGCCGGCGGCGGCUGGGUGAAGCUGCGCGACGUCGAGGCGUUGCCGUCGGCCGUCGCCUCGGCGUCGCGCCGCGAGGCGCGCGUCGCCGAGGAGCGCGACGAGACCGCGCAUCCGUACGCGGCCUUUUGCGACAAGACGACGCGCCCGACGGCGUCGGACCUGAAGCGGUGCUUCCCCGCGGGGACGGCGGCGUCGGACGCGCUCGUGCGCUGGACCUGCGAGGCGCGCGACAACGUGCUCGUGCGCCAGAUCCAGGACGACCGCUGCCGGACCUUCGACGGCCGAGGCGGCGGCGCGUGCCCCGCGUGCGCGUACGGCGCCGGGAAGCGGCAGCCCAUCGGCGUCACGAAGCUCGACGCGCCGACGGUCAUCCGCGGCCGCGUGUCCGUCGUCUGCGCGACGAGCCCCGCGAAGCACUGGCUCCACGAGAACCUGUGGCGGUGCUUCGCGGGCCAGGACUGGGGGGACCUCGAGCUCGUCGUCCUGGACGGCGGCGGCGAGCCGUCGCCCUUCUUCACGGAGCCCUUCGCGGCGACGCCCCGCGACGCGGCGGACGCGGACUUCUUGAGCCGCGUCGAGAAGCCCGAGGACGACGAUCGCAUCCGCUACGUGCACCGCGAGGCCGCGCGGCUCUCGGUCGGCGACGAACGGAACGAGCUUUUGAAGCACGCGUCCGGCGAGUUCGUCGCCCACUUCGACGACGCCUGCGUCUACGCCCCCGGCUACGUGUCGGCCAUGGUGUCCCACCUGAAAGCGUCCGACGCGCAGCUCGUGCGCCUGGAGGCGGCGGUGGGCUGGGACCCCGUGUCGAACGCCGUGCGGCUGCACAAGGCGCUCGGCUUCCGGCCGGAGACGUUCGUGCACCGCAAGGCGCCGCUGCGGGCGCUGGCCUUCGACGACGCCGACGUUGGCGAGGACGCGGGCUUCACGUCGCUCGCCGUCUGCCACGUGCUCGACGACUCCGCGGGCAUGCUCUUCGCGCACGCGAAGCACUCGAAGAAGCCGGCGGCGCUGCUCCGCGCGCACGACGCGCAGUGGCGCGACGCGGCGCCGACGUUCCUCGACGCCGUCGCGCCGCCCCUGCGGCGCCUGCUGGCGGCGCACCGCCGCUUCUUCACGAACUGGAAGUUCCUCCACCACGCGUCGACGAAGCGCGCGGCGCCGUCGCCGUUCUCGAACGCGCCGGCCGGGGCGGGAAAAGGGUGCGACAUUCCCAACUUCAAAGGCUCCUCUCUCGGCCGUGUGCCGGCGGGAGCGACGUUCGUCUCCGCGCCCGUCGAGUCGACGGGCGUGUCGCUGGAGGACGACGAGCCGCCGCCGGAGCCGCCGGCGCGGCCCGCCCAGCCCAUGGACCCCAUCGAGCGCGCGCGGCUCCGGGCCGCGCGGCGCCUCGCGCGGAAGAACGCGACGUCCGAGGACGAGGAGCUCGCCGUGCUCCGCCGCGCCGCGCCGCCCAUGCCGCCCGUGGCGCUCGAGUACGGCGAGGCCGACGACGACGACGACGGGUUCCGCAUCGUCGAGAUGGCUAGCGAAUCCGCGAUGAAGCGGCCGAGCGUGCCCCAGCAGGUCUUGUGCAUGUCGUCGUGGGCCCGGUCGUUCGGGUGGAGCACGCGGUAG